GUUAUCGCCAGGCAACUCUGAUAAAUUUUGAGGGGCUUCUAACAAUUAUGGGAAGUUUCUGCCAUGUUUAACCAGCUUUUAAAAGCUACUUGAUCUGCUGGAUGUUCACUACAUAUGUCUGGUAAAUAAACAGAAUGCAUAUUAUAAUAACAAAAUUCAAUAUUUAUUAUUACUAAUAACUGAUAACCAACUAUGUUUUUAUGUGAUUCAUGGCUACUAAAUACUUAAAUGCUGAACAAAGUUAUAAACAAUAGACCGGCGUGAAUCGUAUCGCGCAUAAUAUGGACCUGACGUAACUGCUGAUAUGAUUUAAUGAGUCACCAGCAAAUCAACAAUCGUGUCUCUUCGCACAGUAGUUAACAUAACGAUUUUUACCGGUCAAACCGUACCUUGAACUGGCCGCGGAGCGUUUUAAGCGUUUUCAGCGGAAAAAACAAGGGCGAUCAGCGUAAAUAGUAAUAUAUCAACAUAAUGAAAUCUAAACACGAAAUACCCAACAAGCAUGAUUUUAUGAAAGCGAAUUCUCAUAAUUUUCUUCUGAAUGAACGAUAUGGUGGCAUGGUGCAGGAGGAUGUGGAAAAAGAGCUUUUAAAUCGUCGUACAGUUUACCGUUCUAAGCAGGUUGAUGAAUCAGAUGGAUGUGAGUCAAAUGAGCCGGUAGCUACGCAUAUUUUUCUGAAUAUGAAUGAAAAUGGCCGUAUCGAUACCAUUACAACUGGCCUGAGCAUUAUAACAAAUUCGUAUAUCGAUUAUAGUGGAUAUACCCCAAAGAAAUACGUUACUGAAUGCCAUCUAAAACCGAAAAUAGGUCCAUUUUGGUAUUCUGAAUCAGUGACCUUGCAUAUCAAUUCAACAAAAAAGAAGUAUAAAGAAAAAAUAUAUUUUAUGAAUAAACUACAUCCGAGCAGCUGGUCAGAAAUGAUGACCAUCAAAACCAAUGACGAACCAAAGAAUAUUGUGUCUGAAUGUGAAGUGUACAUUGAAAAUCCUGAGCCAAAAGAACAUGUUAUACACUUACAAUCACUACCUGUUAUAGAAGUCUGAUUUACAUCGUAGUUAUAGUCAGUUUUGCUGCUAAAAUAGUACUCAUAGAGAUAAAUACUGUUAUUCUACAGAACACAGACAGAUCUGCUAUGUUUGACAUCAAACAAUUAUUGAAUUUAGCAGAAAUAUUUUUCAAAAAAUGAAUGGCUAUAUAGAUAGUAUCAAUAUCCAAAAUGUGAGCGCAUUUUAAUAUACCUAUAAAUAAUGCUAUAAUGCAUAUAUUCAUAUACAAAUAUGGGUAAAUAAGACAGAUUUAGAAUACCGUUGACUAAUUGGUCAAGUUAAUUUUUGCUUGAACUGUGCUCUGAAGGAAAAUCUGUGAAUUAGGAAUACAAAAUAUAAAUAUAUGUUUUUUACAGAUACAUGUUCCUUAAGGUUCACGCAAAUUAUCAUUAUGACAUUUAACGUUUAUGUUUCAUUCUCGUUUGACCAAAAAAAAAGUUGUUUCUAUAACCUUACAAACAUAAGUGUGAUACAUUUCAAAGCUGCUUAAAAUUCAGUUAAGUUAUUAAAAUAAGUAAUAAGAAGACAAACAAUAGACAAGUAAGUUUGGUAUAAGCACUGACCUGGGAAAAAAGUAUCUCGGAAUUAUUUGUAACGAUUCAAAUGAAACUUACAGAACGUUUUCUCAGAUGAAAAGUGUAUUUGAGUGUCCCAACUAUAUAUGUCUGUUUCGUUUUGUAAAAAAUCUAAGAUACUUAUCUUCAAAUCAUAAAACAAAUCAGGUUUAAAAUCAUUAUAUUACCAACAAGUUAAGAUUCUGUAUUAUUAAACUAACAAAAUCAACACAAGAUAAUUUAUUGAAAAACAACAAUCACAAUUUAAAGCUUCAAUUCAACCGGAAUAAUCCGAAUCAUCAUCUUUGUCUUCAUAAUCAGAGUCUUCUUGUUUCUCUGGCACUUCUGCCUCCUCCUCCUCAAAACACUUUUGAGGCUUAGAUUCCUGCUUAGCAGAUCUUUGAUGGAACACGAAAGAUAUGUAUUUUGACAUAUCCCAUAUUUGCUUCAAAACCUGUUGAAAAUAAUAUUUCAGACUUCAAAUAAUACGCACGGCAAGACAGUAUUUGAUAUCGAAAACAGAUAUGUCUUACCAUCUUCAAAAAUCAUACAAUAAGAAAAGAAGUGAUAGUGUUCUGGUGUAUUCAUGUUUUGUACUUUCGACACACGCAUACAGAUGUAUUUUUAUGUUAAUUUUGAACGACUGUUUUAUGCAUUUUAUAAUUUAUGCUCAUUUAGUUGUACUCAAUAAGUUUUACUAUAUUUUACUGUACAAAAAUAUACUUUUAGCCGUCAAUAAUUUAUAAUGCUGAAUAAUAAAUCAUAUAAUGA